AUUGGUCAGAAGAGGAGGAGGAUCCUGCAGCCGUGGACUGUCCAGGUCCUUUCUGUUUCGGUCGUCUGUUAACAUAAAGCACUUGACAUGCUGAAACAGGAGGAGCAGGAAGCCCCUCGGUACGCUCAGCCACAAGCCAGUUUAAAAGUUUACACGCGAAGCAGCGACUAGCAGAGAGACAUGGAGGAGGGCAGCAGCGGCAGGAGCUCCGCGCAGCAGCCCGGCUGCUUCGGCAGGAUCUUCUCCGCCCUCACCGUGGACGACGUCUACGAGAUCGCCAAGCUGAUCGGCGCCGAGGUGGAGAAGCUCAUCGACGGCUACGGGAAGGAAAGCGUCGAGGGUCUCGUGACGAAAGUCGUGAAAGUGCUGGAGCUGCUGGAGAGCUUCGCCUCCAGGAACCACGCGCUCAGUCUGCGGGAAGAGGAGCUGCUCCGGACCUUCGAGACCAUCCAGCGGCAGCAGCAGAGGAGGCGCGGGGUCAGGGACUGCGAGGAGGGCUGCGAGAAGCAUGACAUACGGGAGUUGCAGCAGAAGGAGCAACAGUGGAAGAGGAGGUGUGAGGAGCUGCAGGUCCAGGUGCAGCAGCUCCACGAGGACAGAGAGGAGCUGCAGAACAGACUGAAAGGCAACUAUGCACAGGAAGGUAUCUUACUCACGAGCUCACAAAAACACUCUGGAUUCAACAGAGGUCAUAGUUUCUGUCAUGUAGAAGCUUCUCAUCUAAUGAGUAAAGAUUCAAAACAGCAGCUAAAAGUCAGACUGACUGCUGAAGCGUACUGCAGUCCAGCUGACAGGCUGCUGCCUGAGCAUCUGUGUGUGUUUUUGCAGCUCCAGGAGCAGUUGGAUCGCUUCAUGAAAAUGAACGGCGAGCUGCGGCACAAGCAGAGCGUCCUGCAGGCGCAGCUGACGAGCGCCGUGGAGAGGAAGGCCGACAUGGAGGCCGACCUGAAGGAGAAAACCAAAGAGACGGAACGACUCAGAGCGCAGCUGAGUGAGCCCGUCACAAACAGCCCUUCCAGUCCCAGUAAAGCAGCAGAAGAGUCGAGCAGAGAGCCGACAGAGAGCCAGCUGGAUCUGGAUCAGCCCUGCUUCACCAAGAAGGAGGUGCGGGACAUCCUGUUUGAGAGGAACGAGCUGAAAACCAACCUCUUCCUGGUGCAAGAAGAGCUCAACUACUACCAGAGGGAAAUACUGAACGAGGAGAGGUGUCCGGGUUUCCUUUUAGAAGCCGUCCGCUCCGCCAUCAAAACGAAGAGGAGGCUGAUAAAGGCCAAGAUGCUCGGGAUUCCUGCAUCGGAAUGCAACAGCAGUGAUGAUGAAGACAGGUGUUCUCGGUUCGGGCAGACGGAAGUGGACGGAGCAGCGGUGGACGAAGUUGACAGACCGGCCGAGUCACGCAUUAGAAACCUCUUUGGAUUUCUGACGCGGUCGGGCAGCGGCUCCGCCCCCACGAGCAACUCCGCCUCCAGCUGGGAAGUUAUCGGCGACACCGAGGCCAGCGAGGAUGUGGAGCAACAACUGUCCUCUUAAACCUGGUACCCUGUGGGAUUUCUCCCCGUUCGCCUGGCUGUUCUGUUUAGGAAACAGUCGUUUGGACAUUUGAAUGCAAAACCACAACAUAAACAUUAUUUGAGUUUAGGAAAAAACAAAACAACAACAACUUUUGACUAAUUUUAACAAUCCUAUCAGCUUCCUCAUUGUUUAUUUAAAAUAAGCUGUUUAACAGUUCAGGUAUUAUAAGAACAAUCAUGCUAUAUUUUAUUAUAAGAAGAAUACGUUUUACUGAUGUGGUUUUUAGGGAUUUAUAUUUUUGUAUACGCCCUCAAAGUUUUAUGUAAAUUCAGCUUCUUUUCAGCUGAAAGAUAAAUGUAUGAUCGAGAAAACACGAGUAAAAAAUAAAAUAUUCUGUAAUGUCAUUUGUUUUCCAAUAUAAUGGAUUUAACUAUAUUUUAUAUUUAAAAGGAUUUAUUUUUAGAUGUAGUUUAUAACCAUAUUUCAAAUGCUUGAGAUUAUUUUAUUAUUUAUUCUUUCCAGGUGGUAAGAAAACUUUUAUAAUUAGUUUUACAAAACUAAAUACAUGCGCAAUAUAAAGUUUCACUAAUAAUUCAUCAAGUCAUGCUCUUAUAUGAAAAGUCUGUGGCAUUUUUUUUGUUGGUUUACUUCAGAUUAUUUAUUAAUUUAAAUCCUUUUUGACUAAUGUUUGCACUGUUCACAAAAGUUUCAAACAGCGACCUCGUGGGAUCUGUUGGCGCUCCGUGAUGAGAAUGACUUUCAGCUACAGAACUGAAAGUCAUUUAUUCAUGAAAUAAAUGAUUUUUCAUUUUAAUGUUUUAGAAAGUUUCUCCUAUAAUGUCAUAGGAUGUAGCAGCCACCAAACCAAACUUUAGCUCCGCAUCGUUGUCGGUACAGAUUCCUGAUCCAAUAAACAAAACUAAAGGUGUUUCAAUGUGGCUGCUUCAACAUCUAAAUUUUGUCACACAUGUCACAAACAUCUUUAUAAAAGAUGAUUUAAAUUAAUAAAUUUCACACGUUUAAUAUUUGUGUUUACAGAUUCAUCUUCCAGAGAAAAAACAAACAAACUUUAUUUUGUUGGACUCAAUGCGGGACGUCUCUAAAUUCACAUCAGUUCCACCAGGGGGCGCUUUUACAUUAUAUACUUAUUAUUUGUGUUACUUCUAAAGCCUCAUGGUUUGUUCAUGAUUUGAAGCACUUGUAUAGAUGUGGGAAAAAAAAGAGUUUUAGUCACAGAACCAGGUUCUUCUAGCGGUGAGGGUAUUUUAACCCUUUACGCCUUAACUUAAUGCUUUAAUUUUUAAAAAUUUUCUUCCUAUUUUUGAUUAUUUUGACACAAUCAAAGCACCUGGAUGAGUUUGUAUUUGAUAACAGUGCCAUAUGUGUGCUGAUGUAUCAGUAUUUGUACUCUGAUUUACUCAGUGUUGUCCUCACGGCUUUAAAGAAAAUCUUUCCUCUGAUGUCAUUUCUGUCUCCCUGCUUUAAUGUUUAAUCAGACCGACACGCCAGGCGGAUGUGUUACUGAGGGACAACAAAUCAACUUCUAAUGACAACACCCUUUAAUACAUUGUUUACAUUUCAUUCAUGUAACUGACUUUCCAGAUGAUAAAAUGUACUGGGUGUGUGAAAACCAAAAAUAUAGGAUUUUGUUAUCAUAAUAAAAUUCAAUAAACAGAGGAUACAAUCUGAA